CAGCGCUCCGCCGGCCCUCAAUGGGGGUUUCAUUGAGCGGAUAUUUGGGCUGUGCUGCGGAGCGGUCGCACCGAGCUCGCCGCGCUCUUUUCAGGUUCUGGGCACAUCUUUCCUCUCCUUGGUGGAACUACCGUAAAAUUCGUCUCUAACACGAGUCCCCAACCCGGGAAUCGACACGGAGAGCCCCGCCAUGCCGGGAAUGAUCAGCAAGAACCCAGACCUCGAGUUCGACUCCUUGCAGCCUUGUUUCUACCCGGACGAAGAUGAUUUCUAUUUAUGCGGGCCGGACUCGGCCCCCCCCGGGGAGGACAUAUGGAAGAAGUUCGAGCUGCUGCCCACCCCUCCGCUGUCCCCCAGCCGGGCCGGGCUGCAGGAGCACCCCCCGGGAGGGGCUCCAUUGCCGUGGGGAGGGGCGGCCCUGGGGAGCUGCCGCCCCGCUGAUCCCCUGGACUGGGCGUCCGAGUUGCUCCUCCUGCCCCCCGAGGCCGAGCUGUGGGGCGGCGCGGACGGCGCGGAUUUCUUCGAGACGGGCCUUGGGGCGAGCAACAACCUCAACUCCAUCAUCAUCCAGGACUGCAUGUGGAGCGGCUUCUCGGCCCGCGAGAAGCUAGAGCGGGUGGUCAGCGAGAAGCUGCAGGGCAAGCCGCCCGCCGCCGCCCCGCCGCCGCCGCCCCCGGUUGUACCCACCGCCGCCGUCUCCGCCGCGAACGGCCCCAGCGCCGGUCCCGGCCGCGCGGAGCUGGGCGGUUCCGUGCCCGAGUGCGUGGACCCGGCCGUGGUCUUCCCCUUCCCCGUCAACAAGCGGGAAGCGGCGGUGCCGAGCGGCGGUGAGACCCUGCGGGGCAGCCGCCCGCCGCGUCCCACUGGGGACAGCCGGGCCGGGAGCAGCAGCUCCGGGGACGACACGCUCAGCGACUCGGAUGAUGAAGACGAAGAAGAAGAGGAUGAUGAAGAAGAAAUAGAUGUUGUGACAGUGGAGAAAAGACGCUCCUCCUCCAACAAGGCUGUUACCACCCUCACUAUUACAGUGCGUCCUAAAAAUACCACUUUUCCAUCAGUCAGGACACAGCAGAAUGAACUGAUUUUAAAGCGUUGCGCACCAAUUCACCAGCAGCAUAAUUAUGCUGCUCCUUCUCCAUAUAUGGAGAGUGAAGAUGCACCACCACAGAAAAAGUUAAAAGCCGAGGUGCCCCGUCCAGUAAAACCCAUGAUCCAACCAAAGUCUAAGAGUUCAAGUCCUCGAAACUCUGAUUCAGAGGAUAGUGAACGUCGACGUAACCAUAAUAUCUUGGAGCGUCAGAGGCGUAAUGAUCUACGGUCCAGUUUCCUGACGUUAAGGGACCACGUUCCAGAACUUGUUAAAAAUGAGAAAGCUGCAAAAGUUGUGAUUUUGAAAAAAGCCACUGAAUAUGUCCAUUCCCUUCAGGCAGAGGAACAGAAGUUAUUGCUAGAAAAGGAGAAAUUGCAAGCCAGGCAACAACAGUUGCUAAAGAAAAUAGAAUACAAGCGGACUUGCUAA